AUGGCCACAGAUCGCUUGAAUUCCAUUCUCAGCCACCUCAAGGGAGGAAACACUGGCCUUUCCGCCAUCACCCAGAAAAACCCAGACGAUGUAGUCAUUACACUUGCUCUGCGUACUCCUUUGGCUAAGGCCGGCAAGGGUGGAUUCAAGGACACAGAGUUGGACUAUAUAGUCUACUCCUUGUUGAAGGAGGUUGUAGACAAGUCCAAGAUCGACCCUGCUUUGGUUGAGGAUGUCUGCUUGGGUAAUGUCAAUGACGGCAAGGCCCCCUACCUCCUCCGUGCCGCCUCCCUUGCGGCCGGUAUCCCCAACACAUCCGGCGCAUCGUCCGUCAACCGGUUCUGCUCCUCCGGCCUCAAGGCUGUUCAGGACAUUGCCAACCAGAUCACAUUGGGUCAGAUCGAUGUCGGUAUCGCCCUUGGUGCCGAGUUGAUGUCUGCUGGCGGUGAGCCGGUCCGUCCUUUCAGCGAGGAGGUCCUGAAGAACCAGGAGUCUGCCGACUGCCUGCAGCCCAUGGGCCAGACAUCCGAGAACGUCGGAUCGGACUUCAACAUCAGCCGUGAGGUUCAGGACAAGUAUGCCGCCGAGUCGUACCGCCGCGCGGAAGAGGCCCAGAAGGCUGGUUGGUUCGAUGAUGAGAUCGUCCCCAUCACCACCAAGGUGAAGGACCCCAAGACCGGUGAGGUCAAGCAGGUUACUUUGACCAAGGAUGAGGGUAUCCGGUAUGGAACGACGGCCGAGUCUCUCGGCAAGAUCCGACCGGCUUUCCCCAAGUUCGGCAACCGGAGCACUGGUGGCAACUCCAGCCAAGUGACUGACGGCGCUGCCGCGAUCCUCCUCAUGCGUCGCUCCAAGGCCAUCGAACUUAACCAGCCUAUCCUGGCUAAGUUCUGUGGUGCCACUGUUGCUGGCGUUCCUCCUCGCAUCAUGGGUAUCGGCCCUACCGCUGCUAUCCCCAAGUUGCUCUCCCAGUUCAAGUUGAGCAAGGACGAUAUCGAUAUCUUCGAGAUCAACGAGGCCUUCGCCUCCAUGGCUGUCUACUGUUUGCAGAACCUCGGCUUGGACCAUGCCAAGGUCAACCCCCGCGGCGGUGCCAUCGCACUCGGCCAUCCCCUGGGCGCCACAGGUGCUCGCCAGAUCUGCACAGUUCUUAGCGAGGCAAGACGGACUAAGAAGAAGGUGCUGGUCACGAGUAUGUGCAUUGGUACCGGACAGGGCAUGGCUGGAUUGUUCGUCAACGAACAGGUGUAA